UUUGGUGUGAUUAUCUCUCGCGUCUUCUCUGGCGAGACGGAAGAAGUCGUUCCCAACACCUCACCUCCAUUCUACUUGUGUGAUCAUCAGCUGGAUGUUGCGUGUGAAGAGAGCAUCCUCAGAGCUCGGCGUGGUAGCUAGGCUAACUGGAGUAGAUAUCAUUAUUUAA